CAGUAGCAGGUGAAACAAAGUGAAUGAGAUUUGGCUAUAGUAAUCGAAGCAAUAGCGCACGUUUGAUUAUAGGAAAACACCCCACAGGUCAUUGAGAGUCGUGUCAGGAAGCAGAAACCGUACAACGUCAUCUCAUGUGGGAUACACACUGUGGAAACGCGGAAGACUUUUACACAUACAGAAAGUAUGACGAUCAGAAAUUAGUUUAAAACGUACUUUAGACUAUGGCGGUAGUGUAGGGCAGAAGAUUGCCGUUUGAGUAUUUGUGGGCGGCUGCGCUAAUCAAACAAAUAUGGUGCAACGGGACGUUGAUGAUGACUAACACCAGCAGGUGGCAGUAAUGCAACAUUGAGGGUGAAAAAAACCCAAAGAAGAAGAAGAGUUGCCGCUGCUGCUACUACUCCUGCUCAUAGACCGUAUGCUCCUGCUGCUGCUGCUGCCGCGGAAUCGACCUUGGCUAGCUCAGGAUGGCAGGGAAUGCGUGGAGGUCAGCGAUUCUUAAUCUACUAAGAAAGUGGGGUUUAUCGGUCAAUGACAAGGAUAAAAUCAAGGCACAGGAAGUGUCACGGGUGGUUGGAGCUUUGGUGAAAGAGACUCCACAACCCAGGACAUUCAUCAGAAGGAUGCAAACUGUUACUUUAAUCCCCGGUGAUGGAAUUGGUCCAGAGAUAUCAAGUGCUGUCAUGCAAAUAUUUGAAGCAGCUAAAGCACCUAUACAGUGGGAAGAGAGAAACGUUACUGCUAUCCAAGGACCUGGUGGCAAGUGGAUGAUUCCUCCCGAUGCCAAAGAAUCAAUGGACAGGAACAAAAUUGGCCUGAAAGGUCCUUUGAAGACACCAAUAGCUGCUGGUCACCCCUCUAUGAACCUGCUGCUUAGGAAAACCUUUGACCUCUAUGCCAAUGUGCGCCCCUGUGUGUCCAUUGAGGGCUACAAAACCCCGUACACUGAUGUGAACCUGGUCACCAUCAGGGAGAACACUGAGGGAGAAUACAGUGGGAUUGAACAUGUGAUUGUUGAUGGAGUUGUACAGAGUAUCAAGCUCAUUACAGAACAAGCCAGCCAACGCAUCGCAGAGUAUGCUUUUGAAUAUGCCAGAAACAAUCAGAGGGCCAGUGUUACUGCUGUUCAUAAGGCCAACAUUAUGCGCAUGUCAGAUGGGCUUUUCCUACGAAAAUGCAGAGAGGCUGCUGAGAAGCACAAAGAUGUGAAAUUCACAGAGAUGUACUUGGAUACUGUGUGUCUUAAUAUGGUCCAGGAUCCCACACAGUUUGAUGUAUUAGUGAUGCCCAAUCUGUAUGGAGACAUCUUGAGCGAUCUUUGUGCUGGACUAAUUGGAGGUCUUGGAGUGACUCCUAGUGGGAACAUUGGUGCCAAUGGUGUUGCCAUAUUUGAGUCGGUUCAUGGAACUGCACCAGAUAUAGCAGGAAAAGACAUGGCCAACCCCACCGCCUUGCUGCUCAGUGCGGUCAUGAUGCUGCAGCACAUGGGUCUGCACGGCCACGCCAAGAAGAUUAAAACUGCCUGCUUUGACACCAUUAGAGACAAAAAGGUUCUCACAAAAGACCUGGGAGGAAACUCAAAGUGCUCAGAAUUCACAGAGGCAAUAUGUCAAAGAGUGCGGGAUAUGGAGUAAAAGGAUACUAAUGCUGCCGUGAGUUCCCUGUUAGGGUUUGGGUCUCUUGUCGUAAUCAUAUCAUGUUGUAUCUGCACAUUUUUAACCAAAAUAUGUAUUUAAAAAAGACCCAGGAGUUUGACAUCCUGAAAGUUUUAUUUUUCUGCACACUCCAAAGCACUGUCUUAAAACUUUUGACCAACAGUUACUGUAUAUGUGAUAUGCAUUUUUUCUUGAGUAAUCUCUAGUGGAUAUCGUCUAUUUAUUGGCUAAAUACAGCCUCUUGUCUAAUGUAGUUGACACUGUUACCUUGUCAUUUAAAUUCAAAUUCAGAUUGGAGCUUUUGUAAUUUGAACUUCAUCAGGCUCCAUAACAUGAAACUUGAAAAUGUUUGCACUCUUCUCUGCAAGUCUUUUCAUUGUGUUCAUUGCUGCAAAUAUCAUGAAUGUACAGUAUAAAGAAAAUAUAUAAAGACAAAGAAUAUUAUUAAAUAUUAUUAAAAUUGCUAACUUUUUAUUUAAUGUUAUGCAAAUGAUUAUAAGCUCCCUCCAUUUACAAUAAUGACCCCCAUGAUCCAUGUGAUUGGAUUUCUGGUGCAUGUUAUGUCUGUGUUUUUCUGAGUUUUAAUCGGAACUGGUUUAAAACAUACUGAAUACCAUCAAAUAUUUACACAAAAUUGUAAGAUCCUGUCGUGCAAGUAACUUAUAUGAUUUUGAAGCAGUAAAAAUGAAUUGCAGUCUAGUCAUAAAAAGAAUUAGAGACAAAUAUUUCAGCCCCUAAGAGGAUGGUGUAACUUUGUAAACAUUCCAAGUAUUGUAACAGCAAGGUAUUAUUCAGUAUUUAAAACAUCAAUGAAUCAAA